GCCAACAGGGCGGGUCCCAGGGCCUCUGUGGCCUGUCUGGGCACACCGUGGGGGAAGACAGGCCCAGGGGACUUGGGAGCGUGGAUUCCCUGAGACUUUUCCAGAGCCAUGGGAGGACAAGGAGAAGUCCCUGUCGGAUCAGAGGCGCUACUCCCUCAUUGACGCAUCGGCGCCCGAGCUACUGCGCUGCAACACCAGUUGAUGAGCACGGAGGAUGCGCUGCGGGACGCCCUGGACCAGGUUCAGCAGGUGGAGAAGCUCAUGGAGGCCAUGAGGAGCUGCCCCGACAAGGCCCAGGCCAUCUGCAAUUCCAGAUCUGCAAGCGGCAUCCACCAGCAAGACAAAGCCCACAAACAAGAGCUUUCACACUGUAAUCAAGCAUCCUUUUCACAGUCUACAUAUUGCCGCAUUUUUUUGCAUUUCUAUGUUUUGCGUGGUGGUUUCGCUGUUUCAAAUGACCCCUGAGCCCAGUGCUGAAGUGCCAUCUACUGUUCCUAAGGGUGAGAAGUCAUGGUGUGCCUGGUGGAGAAAGUGCUUUAGAGAAGCUCCACUGAAGCAGGAGAUACAUGCUGUUGGCCUUGAGUUCAUGGUCAAUGAGUCAACAAUCUGUAUUAAAUACAGUCGCAGGAAACAGAAGCACACAUAAAGCAUGGUUCCAUAUCCAUUGCUUUAAGAAAAUGCUGUGACCGGAGGUUCACAGGAACCUGGCCCAGAAUUUCCACUAGGAGCAGUGCCUCAGUAUUCGCUAAUUCAGCAUUCCUGUGACCGGGUUGCGCAUGCCUGCUGCAAAUAACGGGGAUUGUUAGAUUUGUAUGUUUAUGUAGGUGUAUGUGUAUAUACAUUAACUUUUUACUUGGAAAUAAUUUCUAACUUACACAAAAAUUGCAAGAAUAAAAUAGUACCUAGAACAUCAUAUACCCUUUGCCCCCAUCACUUCCGUUAACAUUUUUUCCCCAUUUCCAUUAGUUUGGCUCUGUGUGUGGAUGUGUGUGUAAUAAUACAUGUAAGUUGUUUUCAGAAUCGUUUUGAGUAUAAUUAGAUGACCCUAAAUACUUGAGUCCAUAUUUCCUGAGAAAAAGGACAUGGUUUUACAUAACCACAGUGCAGUCAUCAAUGCAGCCAAUGU